AUGACACCCUUUUGGGUGCAGAGCAGCACCACCCACAGCCGUAGCCACCGCCGUACUUCCUCUCCCUUCUCCAAUCCCCCCGCCGUGUUGUUCGUUGUGUUGCCCAUCGCCGUUCUCCUCCUCUUAUUCUUUGUUAUUCCUUCGUUUCUUUCCUUCGCUUCUCACGUUGUUCGGCCCAGUUUCGUCAGGAAGAGCUGGGAUUCGCUUAAUUUCUUUCUCGUCCUCGUUGCUAUUAUCUGUGGGAUCCUCAGCCGGAGAAACUAUGAGGGCUCCGGCACUGACGACCAUAACAACGUUGCCAGCAUCUCUCAAGUCGCCGACAAACCGCGUCCAUCAACCCCACGUCACUGGUUUGAUUAUCCAGAUCGAAGCAUUUACAAUCCCAUUGGAUCCUCCUCCCCCAAUUCCACUUCCACCAACGUUGGUUUCUUGAGGAGGAACAGCAGCUCCUACCCGGAUCUCAAGCAAGAAUCUUCGUGGGUUUCCGGUGACAACAGGUGGCGUUUCUAUGACGACACCGAUGUGAAUCCAUACAGGGCGCGUUCGGAUCAUGUUCGACGACGACACAGACCAACCAAGAGCGAAGAUUCUAAGUUUAAGACCAUUCCAGUGGAUACUUCUGUGGAGCGUCCUACAUCCAUUAAAUCGUCAUUAUCGUCGCCACUUCCAUCUCCUUCUCCUCUUCCAACGGCACCUGCACCUGCGCCGCCGCCGCCGCCGCCGCCGCCUCCUCCUCCUCCUCCGCAUCCACCACCGGCAGUUAAGCAGAAAAGGAAGCGAACCUUUCCAACUGUGGAACGAAAAGAAAAACCACAAGAACCCGAUGAUAGCGUGCUGGAAUUCACGAAAGUUCGCGUGCAGCCACCACCAUCACAACCCGCGCCGCCGCCACCCCCACCUCCACCACCACCAAGACCAGCAUCACAUCAAUCGGAGAAGAAGAGUGGUAGAAGCGAUAAGAAGAGAAGUGGAGCGAAAGACUUAGCAAGCACGUUGGCUUCACUGUAUCAUCAUCGGAAGAAGAAGAUAAAGCAGAAGAACAAGGACAGUUCCGAUGGGCUAAAUCCACUUUACUACCCUGAACUUUGA